AUGUGGCCUGCCUGCGAGAGGCCGAGAGUGCCGAGCCGGCAGGUCAAGGGUGCAAAUGCAGAUCUGGGGCUUGCGCGCAGCCCUCUGGUAGUGACUGCUGGAGGGGUGGGUUUUCUCGCCAAGUUGCUGUUGUCGCAGCUGCCGCCUAGGCGCCUUCCCAUGCGACAGCUUAAGGGAGCCAUCCGCUCUGCAGGACAGCAGAUGUCGGACGAAGCCAAAAGCGUGCGUGUCGUGGAGCGACCAGAGAAGGCAAUUAUCAAGGCCUUCGUCGACAGCCCAGGUCCCUUUCCAAAAACAAGCCCCUCCUUUCUGGUCGUGAGUGGAGCGCAGGGAACCGGGAAGACCACCAUGCUAAAGAGCCUGUUCGCGCAGUAUCACGACGACGGCCGCUGGGUGCUGCCCGUGAGUCAAGAAAUCGACCCGGGCGGCAAACUGGAUCUCACGGAUGUAGUGCAGCAGGCAUGUAGAACACGGAACCUGCCGCAGUUCCUGCCAAGUUUCCAAUUGAUCCCAACCCUGCUGAGGACCCUGAGCGAGAAGGGCAGUCGCGAAAGUGGUGGCCCCCUCAUCGUGUACCCGCAGUUGUCCACCAAAAACCGGGGCGCCCCUUUCACCGAUGACCAGUGCGACGCGUUAGCGACAGAGAUCGGAGCCUUCGGCCGAAAGCUGACGUACGACUACCCCCUGUGCAAGUUGGUUGUCGAGCUGUCCGUGUCCUUGAUCGCCGACAAGAUCCAGGAGCUGCCGGGUCAAAUUCGGGAUAAGUUCAACAUGUCCCGGCUGGUGGUGGUGGACCCACUGCCUUGGAAGCGCUUCGUGGAGCUGGCCCUGGAAAAGCCGGAGAUUGCCUCGUAUCUCAAGAUGGACGAGCUCAGCCGGCAGGAGAUCCUCAAGUACUUCUACCUUCGGGCUGGCGGCAGCUUCCGCGAGCUGCAGCGGCUCCUUGAGGAUGCGGCCAAGGCCGACGCCUCGGAUGCGCAGGGCAUCAAGGCCCAGAUCGACCAGUGGUACGAGACGAAGAUCGGGCCCAUCAAGGACGUUCUGGCUGAGACGGAGGAGAACGAGCUUCAGCAGUUCAUCCGGCGUCUCCUGGGACAGAAGCCCGAGUCCAAGUACCUGGACUACCUGAGGAAGGUGGCCGAGGCGGGCCCAAAAGGUUAUUUGAGCAGGGGCGAUGCCCUGAAGAAGGAGACGAAGCUGCAGAUGGAGCUCCGGCGCUUGCAGCCGGCGCAGGCAGUCCUCCGGAGCACCACCAGCACCCAGGUGGCUUUGCGGCAUUGGUACUUCGUCUUCUACGUCCUGGGCGAAACCGAGAAGGCCCUGCAAGAUGCAGGCUACAUGUAG